AUGACAUGUGUGUCUAUUCCAUUGGCAGCGUUAUCAUCACGAAAUGAUGAUAAAUUUUCUCAAAUGAAACUUUUUACAUCUACACAAUUAAAUUCUAAUUAUACAACAACAUGUGGAAAAUUUGUUAUACGACCUAUUAAUACGCUAUAUACAAAAUCAAUUACUGCAUUAAUUGGAAAUCUUUGUUCAAUUUUACAAUCACAUCCAAUGUUAUUAAUUUAUUUAAAUGAAUAUACCAAUGAACAUCAUGCAUUACCAGCUGGUUAUUUAUUUUUUCUUAAACUUUUCACAUUAUUAGAAUAUCCUAUAUUAACAUUCCAUUUUUUUCAUCCAUUUCAUCCUGCCAAGUUUCCUAGUUUACGUUUCUUUCAAUUGGCUCCAACCUAUCGAGAAGAAGCUCGAGCUUUGUUAGCAUUAAUGGCAAGAUAUGAUUGGAAUGCAUUUUCAUUAAUCAUUGAUCCACGUCUACCCGGUGAAGAAGAACUUAUAGAAGAAUUUGAAGAACAUAGUAGUGAAUCACGAUCUUGUGGAAAAACAUCAUGUAAUCAUAAUUAUAUCAAAGAUAAAAAAAAAUUUACAUUGCUCUCAAUUAUUCGUAUGAAAAGUCUUAAUCCAAUACAUAUCAGACAACAACUAUCGAUGAUGAUUCCAGAAACACGUGUUAUAAUCGUUCAUACAACAUCAACAAUGGCAUCACUUGUUGUUAAACAAGCAAAUAAUAUGAGUCUUAUAGGACCAGAAUACAUGUGGAUUAUGUCAUCAAUCGUACUUUCUACAUACAGUAGUGAUGAUGAAGCAAAAAUGAAUCCAUAUGCUAGUCCAAAUCGGCGAAAAAUGAAUUUUUUUGUUGGCACAUUAGCUUUAUAUCAUGAUGUUACUCGGGAUAGUGUUCUUGCUCGUUUUGAUAAAUAUAUUGGACCUCUAUUAAUUAAUGUAUUUUCUAAAAUAACACAUAUGGAUGUAAUGCAAAAACGGAAUGCUAAUAUGACAAUAUUUACAUCAUCAUUACGAGAUCGAACAGCGUGUAAUCGAAUAUUUGCUAUUAAUAAUUCAUUGAAUCAACCAUCUUUAAAACAUAUAUUUCCUAAUCUUUACAAUUUAUUUAAAGAUGAAUUUAAACGUGCAUAUGGAAUUUUUCAACAAGAUGGUUUAGCUAUAGCAGCUAAUUAUUCUAUAUUAAAUUUUCAAAUGCCAAAUAAUGAAUGGAAAAAAGUUGGUGAAUAUGUUAAUAGUACAUUAGCAAUAGCCGAUAUUCAAUGGCCAGGUGAUCGAUCAAAACCACCACCAGGCAAACCUAUUAUUCAUUAUUUGAAAGUAGUAACACUUGAAGAACAUCCAUUUGUUAUGCUUAAAAAUCCAUCUUCCGAUGGAACAUGUCAAGCUGGUUCAGUUAUUUGUCGUAUAGGACCAGAAAAUUCUGGUGCUAAUCAUAGUGAUCCAGAUCAUUAUCAAUGUUGUUCAGGAUUUUAUAUUGAUUUAUUUAAUAUAUUGAAAGAUCGACUUAAAUUUGAAUUUGAACUUUAUCAAGUUCUUGAUCGAACAUGGGGUGGACGAAAUCCAUUGACUAAUAAAUGGAAUGGUCUUGUUGCUGAUCUUCUUGAAAAUCGAGCUGAUUUAACAUUAACUUCAUUGAAAAUAACAACAGAACGCAAUGAUGCUAUUGAUUUUAGUGUUCCACUUAUGGAAACAGGUAUUGGUUUGAUUGUUUCUUUAAGACCAGGAGCUAUAUCAACUACAGCUUUCUUGAAACCAUAUGAUUAUCGUAUUUGGGUUUUCAUACUAUUAUUUACUCUUCAUGGUGUUGCAAUAAUGGUUUUUCUAUUUGAAUAUUUUCAAAAUAAAUUAACUAAUUAUGAUUUUGAUAAUGAUCUGCAAAAUGAAGAAACAAAUUAUAAAUCUUCAUUUCAACGUAUCUAUGAUCUCAUUCGACCUUCCAAAAAACAAAAUCUUCAUAUGACAUUUUCUCAAUCUGUAUGGCUUAGUUGGGUUAUUCUUUUUCGAGCACAGGCUAGAGUAAAUCAUCCAAAAAGUUUUACAUCGAAAUUUAUGACUAAUAUUUGGGCUUGUUGCUGUGUGGCAUUUACUGCUAGUUAUACAGCUAAUUUAGCUGCUUUUAUGAUUACUAAAGAAGUCUAUUUUGAUCUAUCGGGUAUAAACGAUAAUCGUCUUACCAAUCCUCAUUCACUAAAACCAUCGUUUCGUUAUGGAACUAUUGCUAAUGGAAGCACUGAUGAAGUUGUCAAAAAAAAUCAUAAAGAAUUAUAUACAUAUCUAAGAAAAUUUAUGAAGAGAAAUGUUUUUGAAGGAAUCAAAGCAAUAAAAACUGGAGAAUUACAUGCAUUUUUAUAUGAUGCUGUUGUUCUCGAUUAUCUAAGUGGACAAGAUGAUGAAUGUAAAUUACGUGUUGUUGGUAAAUGGUAUGCAAUGACUGGUUAUGGUAUUGGAUUUCCUAAACAGUCAAAAUUCAAAGAUAUGAUUAAUAAAGAAAUUAUUGAAAUGCAUCAUUCUGGUGAAAUUGAACGUCUUCGACGAUUUUGGUUUACAGGUGCUUGUGCAUCUAGUAUGGCUUAUCAAUCACAUCGGAGUAGUCAAUCACUUCAGGCGCUGAACUUUAUAUCAGCAUUUUUCUUUCUUCUUGGUGGCACAUUUAUUGCCAUUAUUGUUCUUUUCUGUGAAAAUACUUAUUCAAGUUUUUUGAUUCGAUCUAAACGUUCUAAUAAAGACAAUAAAAGUCAUCAGAAUUUUACAAGAUAUGAAUCUAUGUUAACAUCUAAUCAUAACUUCAAAAUUAGUCCACGUGAAAAAUUAUUAGAAGAACGUAUUGAAAAUUUGCAAGAAUGUAUUCGUGAAUUAGAACGACGAUCAUCACCACGAUAUUCUUUGCGAAUAAAUGACAAAAAUAAUGAAGAAACAAAUAACUCAUCAUUUUUGGUACUACCAGUUACUUAUAAUCCUAUUCAAGAUGAUUCACCUAAACUAGAAAUUGUUUCAUUUCUGUCAAAAAAUCAAUCUCAAAUACCAUUAUUACUUGUUAAAAAAUCAAAAACUCAAAUGUUUGAAACAAUUGUUUGA